UUGUCAUAAUCAUAUGUCAUUAUCGGUGAAUUUUUGAAUUCGUUUAUUAGGUAGUUUAUAAUUUUAAGUUGUAAAAAUGGGUGAAAUGGGUGUAAAUAACUUAUUUGAAUCGCAGACAAUUAUUGCCGAUCAUAAAGAUUUAAUACAUGAUGUUGCAUAUGACUUCUACGGAGAAAGAAUGGCGACUUGCUCCAGCGACCAAUACGUAAAGGUAUGGGACUCAGAUGGCGAAGGUGGAUGGAAACUUACAGCGAGCUGGAAAGCCCAUCACGGAUCAGUGUGGAAGGUUACUUGGGCCCACCCGGAGUUUGGACAAGUGUUGGCCACAUGCUCCUUUGAUAGAACUGCAGCAAUAUGGGAAGAAGUUGGUGACACAACAGCAACUGGUGCAGAAAAAGGUCUCCGCACAUGGGUGAAAAGGUCGAACCUUGUUGACUCCAGAACAUCAGUGACAGAUGUCAAGUUUGGACCAAAACAUUUAGGGUUGCAACUAGUCACAUGUUCGGCAGAUGGUAUUAUUAGAAUAUAUGAAGCACCAGAUGUAAUGAAUUUAGCACAGUGGACCUUACAACAUGAAAUACCCACAAAAGUGUCCAUCAGCUGUCUCUCCUGGAAUCCUUCUCUGUCAAGAGUUAAUUCAAACCCGCCAAUGCUAGCCGUUGGCAGCGACGAGCCAAAUGUCGCAAACGCAAGCUCACAAAGUGACAAAACUUGCAAUGGAAAAGUUUUUAUAUACGAAUACAGCGAAGCCUCUCGCCGCUGGACGCGCACCGAGUGUCUCUCGUCAGUUGUAGAGCCCGUGAACGAUUUAGCCUUCGCGCCCAACCUCGGCCGCUCCUUCCAUUUGCUAGCUGUUGCUACUAAGGACGUCCGCAUUAUAAAAAUAGAACCACUGCCAGAGUCAUCGAGCAAUGGCAACGGGUGUGGUGUUCGAUUCCGGAGCGAAGUGCUGGCCGCGUUCGAGGACCACAACUCGUGCGUGUGGCGCGUCUCCUGGAACGUCACAGGCACGCUCUUGGCCUCGUCUGGGGACGACUGUUGCGUGCGACUUUGGAAAAUGCAAUACCUGAACCAGUGGCGCUGCGUGGCCGUGUUCAAGAGCUCGGCGGGCGGCGGCGAGUCGCCCGCGCGCGCGCGCCCGCGCACCACCUACACGCGCCUCGCCGCCAUCACCAACCCCACGCACAUGCCGCACCACUGACGCCGCAACACUGACGCCGCCCCGCCCCGCAUAUUCAAAUGCUGAGCAAGGGAAAUCACAUAGCAUUCGAAGCUACAAACAAUUUGCAUUGCUAUAAAAUACAUAAGAGCCUAAUGUGAAGUUAGAUCAACAUAGAACUGUGUAAGUGUAAAACAUGAAACUAAACCAUUUCCAUUUAAUUGUAAACUUUUUUAUCAAUAAAUUAAAUAAAUUG